AUGAAGCUCGCAAGUUCCUACUGUAAACAUGGCAUCGUGACGCUCUUUCUAUUUAUGUUCGUGAUGUACGCCGUCCAGCGUCUAACAAUUCAAGGAGCAAAAACAACGACAACGCGUCAGACUAAAAGUAUUUUAAUUUGGAACAGUCCCGAACGCAUCGAAACGGCCGCGUUCGGCGUCGGGCGUUCGCCUUUUAUCGAACACGGUUGCGAAAUCAACGAAUGCGUCAUCUUCGAUAACCAGUCAGCCCUUCCUUUGGAUAAUUACGACGCCAUCAUCGUGCACGUUCACGAAUUAUGGUUAACAACGUUACCCGAUUUCAAAAGGCAAAGUCAUCAACGUUUCAUUUUUCUGACGCAAGAGACGCCCCUAAUCUCGCAAACGCUCGACGUAUCCUCAUUGGCAAACGUAUUCAACUGGACCAUGACCUAUAGACUCGAUUCAGACAUUGUGUUGCUUUACGGACGCAUCCGUCCGCGCCGGACGGCCCCUAAAAAUGCGGAAGACAUUCAAAUAUUGAUGGGGAAAAUGCGUGCGAUGUCGACCAGGAACUACGCGGCCAAUAAGACGAGUCCGGUCGUUUGGAUGGCGUCUCAUUGCGACACUCCGAGUCGGAGGGAGGUGUACAUCCGCCAAUUGAGCGCAUUUAUUCCGGUCGAUGUUUACGGCGGAUGCGGUCCGUUGACGUGUGAGCGCAACGACACGCAUUGGCUUUCACAUCCGAAAUGCUACGACGUGCUGGAAGCGAAAUACAAAUUUUAUUUGUCGUUUGAAAAUUCCAUUUGCGCGGAUUACGUGACUGAGAAAUUCUUUGAAAUCAUGCGCAAAGAGAUGGUGCCCGUCGUUUACGGCGGGGCCAAUUACAGUCGAAUUGCGCCUCCGCAUUCGUACAUCAACGCGCUUGAUUAUACGCCGGAGAAGCUGGCCGAGUACUUGAAAAUGUUGGACGCUAACGAUACGCUGUACAAUGAAUUUUUCUGGUGGAAAGUCCAUUACCGAGUGGAGGCUGGAGCGCAUCAAAUGGCACGACACGGGUUCUGCGAUUUGUGUCGAAAACUCCAUGAGAACGAGGAUGUAACACAAUCCUAUUCCAAAUUAGUACCGGAAUGGGAUUCGAACACUCAAUGCAAAUCUGAUUGA